GUAAGAGGGAGAACCAAAAAGAAAAGUUCAUUGUGGAUACCAGUUUCAUUGUCAAGUUUGUUAGUCAUCGCGCAGGGAUGAAUCGAAUCCCCCGCAUAUCCUGUCGGUCAACCAUGACAUCCCUUUUGCUUCCUGCAUGGCCUGGAUCAUCUUUCGUACAUAUUAUCGAUCAGAUUGGCAAUCCCAGUAACUGACCAUCGCAAAAUGGCUUCUGAAGAGGUGAAUGUGGUGGCCAUCAUGUACCCUAAGCCCGGCAAGCAUGACGAACUCUCAAGUCAUAUCUCGGAACUCACCCGCCAAGUACAUGCCACCGAACCCGAUACGUUAGUUUACUAUGCCUUUUCUAUAAAAGAUGGAAAUGAGAUAAUGGUCGUGGAAAGGUACAGAAACCAGGAUGCACUCCACAUGCAUCUGCUCAGUCCAUAUUUCCAGGAAUUCGGCAGCAAAGCGGCUGGGCUGAUGGAGCGGCCGUACGAUGUGAAGGUUGGACAUGGGAUUCUUCCUUCCUCGGUUGGCGUUACUCGUGUUCAGUCAUAAUCCUU